AUGGAUAAGGGUGAUGUAGAGAUGCUGGACGCUGGAAAGAAUGUCCCUGCUAGUGAUGUCCUUGUCCCCAAUGAGUCACAGGUCAAGUACAAAAAUUGUGUUAAGACUGGCAAAAGCAAUGUUGAGGACAAGACACAUGAUCAGAGAGAAAAAACACCUACUAUUGAUGUUGGAAUGGAUAAUAUGGUAAGUGGCCAUGUGACGUCGAUUGAUGAUGAAGUACAUAAUAUUGAUGAAGGUGAAGUUAAUGAAGUUGAUCAAAGUGAGAAAAUGAUCUAUGAGGGCAAUCAGAAUGAACCAGCUAGUCCAAUGUUUCUAAUCAAUCCUUUAACUGCAAAUACUGGACAUCAUAGUGGGGAAGCAUCUAAUAAUAUUUCUGCAAGGAUGGCUGAUGGUGAGGAUGUUGAAGGCUCCCCUGAGGAUCAAGUUGCAUUUAUAGGAAAGCUAUGCACCUUUUACCAGGAGAAGGGGAUGGAAUUUAAACCACCUAUGUUUUCUGGUCAUUAG